AGCAAAGUUGUAAAAAUAUAUGUCAUAUAUAUCAAUAAAUGGGCGUAAUAUAAUACUUGCCAAACUUCAGUAAAAGAAAACAAGAAAUUUGUUUGUAAUUGAAAUGAACUAAACAAAAUAAUAUUAAUAAUAUAUAAAAUAACACCCUAGAGGAAUUGGGUCGAUUUUUUGAUGCAAUGCUGAGCAAGCUAAAAAAGUGAAAUGGACUUUAAGCAAUUAUAAAAAUAAAUAAUGAAAACUCAUUUGAGUUUUCAUUCAGUAGUUUUUGUUAAACUAAGGAAAAUGGUAAAUUAAUAUAUAAUAUAAAUCAGCUAUAUAUGAAUAUUAAAGGGAUUUCCUGAUAAUUACUGGACACAAAGACGUCUCAGCAAGAAAAUAUUUGUAAAUAAAAAUUAUUUCUAAGUCAAACAAUUAAUUAAAAAUUGCACAAAAGCAUUUGAAAGAAAGUACAUCUUUAGCUUAAUUUAAAUGUGAUAUAUAAAAUAAUUGCGAAAUACUACAUAAAGUCCAAAUACUAAAAUAAAACCAGCUACAAAAACCUAUAAGCAAUAGAUUUCUAGCAAUCAGGAAUAUUUACAUGCGGCAACUUGUAAUGUUAUCCUACGCAGAUGACUCUGAUGAAUUGGAUACGAUCGCAGAUGUUAUGGGCUUGCGCUCACAAAAUCGACUGAACACAUUUCGCGAAAUGUGGUAUCAUGUAUUUCUAUGGGCUCUCUUUUCGUCAAUUUUCAUACACACAUGCGCGGCGUUAGUCGCUUUUGUUACCUUGCGAAAACAUAAAUUCGGACGUUUCUUUUCAAUUUUGAUAUUAGUGAUGGGUUUUCUAUCGCCGGCUAUGAGUGGCAUCAUAAGCAGUGCGGUCAUUGCGUUUGUACAUCGCGCUUCAAGUUUGCCAAUGUCACCUAUAUAUGCUAUGGUUUGGGGCGUUGGUCAGACAAUUGUUUCCGCCUGCUUAGGAUUUACUAGAAUAUUAGCUACACUUUAAAUUAAAUUUUUUUUAAGUUUAAUUCAUUUUGUAAAUGUUUUCUUAUCAUCUUGUCUAAUGAGCUUUACUAUUUUUGUUUAUAUUAUAUAAAUUUGCUAGGGAAAAAUUUUUAAAAAAUAUAUAUAUUAAAAUAAUAAUAAUCGCAAUCAUAUGUAACGAAUAAUGU